UUUCGGAUGACAUUUUUGUAAUUUGUGGAGCGACGAAAUGCCAUUUUCUUUGGAUUUUUGAAUGCUACGCGUCACGGGUUCGGACCGUGACUAUUCUUAAACGAUGAUUAAGUCCAUUAAGCAUCGAUUUGGGUAGAUUUAUUCCUAGUCAAUUUUUUGCAGAUUCCAAAGGGGUACCAUCACAGAUUUAAAGCUUUUUUUCCGAAAUGCCAUUUUCUUUCGAUUCUGGAGGCUACAUAUCGCGGAAUCAUACUGAGAUUAUUCUCCACCGACAUUGAAGUCUAUUGAUCAUAUUCUCCACGGAUGAUAAGUCCAUUAAGCACCGUUUUGGGCCAAUUUAUUUUCGGAUGGCAUUUUCGUAAUUUUGUGGGCGUCGAAAUGCCAUUUUCUUUGGAUUUUGAAGGCUAUAGAUUACGGAUUCGGCCUGAGACUAUUCUUCAACGAUGACUAAGUUCAUUAAGCAUCGAUUUGGGCGGAUUUAUUGACACGUCCCGAUCCUUUUUGAAAACCAAACGAUAACUCAAACCAAAAACCGGUUACUCCGGAGCAACCCAAAACGGUUUACAAGUCAAAACCAAAAACCAAAAACUACAAUGCUUAAGAUUUUCAAGUGAAAUGCCCUAGACACUUGGGAGACGUCAAUCCCGAGCAACAAAACAUAAAACACAAUCCUUGAGUUUCCCAGUAUACUCAUUAAGACAUGAACUAAAGACAACUAAAAUGGGAGGUCCCAUCUCGUUACCCAGAUCCAGUUGAAAUCUUCAGGUUAGCCGCGGCUGCUCUCCUCGGGUAAUCUCGUCUUGAUGGAUGUGUCCUCUUCCCCUCUAUGCACCUGGUGAGUGAGAAGGGGUCAGUCUCGUCGUUACUCCCUAAGGUCUUUGCCCUAGGAAAACUCCUUACUAAACACGUUAUUAGGGGAAUGCCUUCCUAGCAUGAAAGCCGUUCUCGCUUUCUGCUCUUAAAUAAUCAUCCUUACCAACUCAAUUCAACAUUAACUCCUAAGAAUGCUCGCCUUCUAUCCUUCACUCAAACACAAAACACUAGGACCAUCGAUAUUGAAGUAUAUUGAUCAUAUUCGAAAGGGGUACCAUCACUGAUUUCUGGCGAUUUUUCCAAAAUGCUAUUUUCUUUCGAUUUUGGAGACUACAUAUCACGAUUUUAGCACAAGGCUAUUCUCCACCGAUAUUGAAGUAUAUUGAUCAUAUUCUCCACCGAUGAUUUCGUACAUUAAGCACAGAAUGUGCCAAUUUAUUAGGUUCUCCACCGAUAUUGAAGUAUAUUGAUCAUAUUCUCCACCGAUGAUUUCGUACAUUAAGCACAUAAUUGUGCCAAUUUAUUAGGGGAUGACAUUUUCGAAGGCCAAUUUCCUUUGAUUUUGAGUGCUACAUAUCGCAGAUUCGGUGUGAGGCUAUUCUCCUAGAUUUUACCCAAUGUACGAUAGAAGCCAUUUGUAGUGUAAUUCUUUGUUGGCAAAAGAAAAAAAAAGUUUUAUGUACUCUCAUUUCAUAUAUUUAGUUAUUUACAUUGAAAAUUACAUCAAAAUUCCAUGUAUUGAGAAUUUCAAAUUUCCAUCAUUCCUAAACCCGUUAACCACAAGAUAUACUCCUCUUGUGGAUUCCAAACAAAAAUGGUAUCAUGCUCUCUGUCACAUAGUCCCAUUGAUUCUGGUAUAUUGCCUCAGAAGUAAAAAAUCCAGGUAAAGCUUGGAUAGGGAAAAAGGAUCAUCUCCUUUACUAAAGUAGGAAAGAAAGUUUGCUCUUAUUUGGAAACCUGACAAUAUGCAGACAAGGCCGCUCUGCUCUGCCGCCCAAAGAGAAAUCAGAGAAAAUCUUCCCACAGCUUUGUUCCAAAGGACAAAUUUUUUUUCUUGCUUUCCAACCUAUUUAUUGCUUUCAGCUCCACAUCAGUGAAACAAUAAUGUCUCUGCUCCUUGAUGAGAUGGGUUGCUUCCAGACAAGACUGAAAACAGCUCAACCAAACAGCUCCAAUUAAUGGAAAAUGUAUCAAUUUUGAUCAUCUUCUCAACAAAUAUUUUGUUUGUAGAGAGUUUUUUUUACCACUUAAGGCCAAACUUGGAGGAGAAGGCUUUCCGCUUGUCCUUAUGGCAACAAGCUAACACCCAGCAGCUGAACCUUUCUAGUCAGCUUUGUCAGUCCUCCCUGCCACACUGCCACCCUCCCCUGCCCUGCAACAAGCACUAAUUUACUUCCUCUCUCUCUCUCUCUCUCUCUCUCUCUCUCUCCCUCUGUUUUCUAUUUACUCAUCGUCGAUUCGUCUCCCUCCUGAAGCCUCAUACUAAGGAGAAAGGUGAUCAAACACCAACGGAAGGAAGGAGGGAAGGAAGGAACUGGCCUUUUCUUGCAAAAGGUUGGAAUAGAGAAAUAGAUCACUCAGUCGGCUGCAUUUUCGGAUUCUCGUUUGUUUUGGAUACUUGAUCGACGUCCAUCCCGGAAGGCGGGAAAAACCCUGUUCGUGUACGUUAUUGUUGUUUCCUUUCUGCUGCUCAUUUGGGUAUAUUUUUUCCCUCUUGUUCUUACGUUGAUUUUCUCAAGCACCCAGAACGCAAGUUUCGAUCUUUCUGCUGUUUGCUGAUUUCUCUGGGUUUUAGGAGCUAAGCUGGUUCGUAGAUUUUUUUUAUCUCACCAUCGCCACCUGGUUUUUUGUUUCUUUUGAGAGAAUUCGUUGGAACCCGUUUUUACUGCUCUGUUUCCAGUUGCUUUGAUGUUGUGGGUAGUGAAAUUUUAUAGGGUUUGGUUUACCUUUUCCCAUUCUGAUAAGUUGUUUUGAUUUUGAAGAUGAAAUUCCAUCGUGCUAAACUGUCUCCUGCUGGUGUUAUGUGCUAAGUGAACUAGUCUUUUCUACUUUUUCCUGAUCAGAAAUUUCACUUUCUUGUAGGGUGAGUGUCCCUGUGUCUGGAUCAUGGAGGGAACUGAAGUUUGCCAGACCGAGGAUGCCAUUCUUGCACUGUUUGAAAAUCUGGUCGAUCUCAAGCUGCCGGCAAAAUCUGGAUCCGGGUUCACACCAUCUCUAGCUCAUGAAGAAGUCAUAGCUAAACAGGUUCAUGCGGUUGUGUUGCUGUACAACUACUACCACAGGAGACAGCAUCCCGAACUGAACUUCAUGAAUUUCGAGAGUUUCUGCAAGUUGGCUGUGAUGCUGCGACCUAAUCUUCUACCAUACAUGAAGCUGACACGAUGCUCUAAUGAUACCGUGUUGGUUGAUCGUGAAAAUCAGCUUUCUUUGACUGAGAAGAAAGUUAUGGAUGCAUGUAGCAUUGCUACGUCUUUGGAUGCAUCCAAAGAGGCUCCAGCUGUAAAUGGAUCUGCAGUUUCCAGAGUUGCGGUCCUUCUUGUGGACUCUACAAAGAAGAAAGCGUUGCUGCAGUUUGGCUCAAUCACUGAUGGUGUGUGGUCUGCUGUUGAGAAGGAUGUGGAGGUUGUUGAUCAAAGUAAGGGAACUUCUGGUGACUCAAAUCAAGCUAACAAAAAGAGAAGGGUUAUUAAAGGACCUCCUCCAAAACGAGAGGAAAGUACUGCUGAAGUUGACCUCAAGAAAGCAGCUAUGUUAGCUGUCAAUGAAGCCACUGGAAUUGGCCAGGAUGAUCUUUGUUUUUUGGAAAGCCACAUUGUGUAUUCUGCAAGUAAAGAAAAUACUGGCAUGCGCUUUUACAUCUCACAGUACACUCAAGCAGAGAACAACAAUAGUCUGUGUCAAGUUCCCAUCCAAGAUUUGAUUAAAAGCUUGCAGGGUCCACUAUUCUCAAAAACGUCCUCUGGAUGGAUAAUCACACCUGUUGUUGAGUACUUUCAUUUGCUUCCUUUUGCUCAGAUUCUUGCAGACUGGAUGAACUCUGCAUGCGACCACAGCGGCAUGAUCUCAAAAUCAUCGGAGAAGAAUGAUCAUAGUAGCACGAACUCUAGUGUACUGAUGCAGAAGGAUGAAAAUGUGAAUUCUGAGACCUCGGCGCAUCAUCCCGAGACAGAAAAGCAGAACGAGAAUGAUGAAAGUUCAAGGAUUAGUCCGGCUAAUUUAAAUGCCCCCCAGAACAUGGAAGUAGAUCCAUUACCAGUCAUCUAUUCGCAGAACAAAGAUGUGGGUGCGAAUAUUGCCAAUGCCAAACCUGUCAACCACAAGGUCGUUGGCGCUGUCCAUAAGAGCUCAAAUGACUUGAUAAUUUCUGAUAAGGACUGUCGAAUUGUGCAGGUGGAGAAGCCAAAUGCUCUGAUGACCCAGGAGAUUGAUAAAGGAAGAGGUAGAAAUGUGAUCGUGAGUGCAGCGAACUGCAACCAUAUGGAAGUGAAUGCAUCCUCAGACAUUAAGUCGGGGAAAAAAGAUAUUUGUGCAAAUGUUGCCAAUGCCAUCAAACCUGCCAACCCAGAGAUUGAGGACUCUGUGCUUAAGAGCUCAAAAAGCUUGACAGUUUCUAAUAAGGUGGAGAAGCCAAGUACUCAGGAAAUCACUGAAGAUAUAUGUAGAAAUGUUGUGAUAAUUGAUCAGAACUGCAAUAACAUUGCUGUGGAUCCAGAUGCAAAGCCUGCAGUUCAUCAUCUUCCUUUGGUUGAGUACAGUUGUAGUGUUCAAGAUAUUGAGAAAAUGUUCUCUAUUAUAGCUUCAAAAGACAAGGAACUCUCUGAAGCAGCACUCAAAGUGCUCCUGAGAAAAAGAGAUCAACUGUCAUUUCAGCAACGAGAUAUAGAAGAUCAGAUCGUACAGUAUGAUAAGAAGAUCCAGAGAAUUUUGGAUGGUGGUGAUGAUAUGGCACUGAAGAUAGAAUGCUUCCUCGAACUUGUCAACAACACAUCGUUCCUGAGAACUGUGAACAGAAAGAACCAACCUUCAGCCCAAAGUAACGAAAUGGUGACGAUGCUGGGACACGAGGAAGACGAUAGCCAUACACCAUGUGUAGCAUUGGACAAUAUAUGCUACAAGAACAACUGGAUUUUGCCAACUUACCGUCUCCUGUCAGUUAACGGUGGGUUCAUGGCUAGCGUGAUCGUGAAAGGGGAUCAAACAGAGUGGUCUUCAACUGGUGGCGAAGUAUGUGUCGAUCCCAGGGAGGCUAGGGAGUCAGUCGCAGCACAGAUCUUGGAGAAGAUAUGCAACAGCAGCACUACCACCAUCACCACAGCAAUCAAACAUUGAGAAAAACAGCUUUUCAACAUUGUUUCUGGGUGGCUUAUAUAUAGCUUCUUUCUGCUAACACAAGGCACACCUCUUUUGCACGCUUAGGCAGCAGCUGUUACAUGUAGUCUCUUUACAGUUUCGUGGCACAUUUUGCCUGGGAGUAAAGGGAUCGGAUAUAGCGUAAUAUGUUCAAAUUCUGGCAGUACUAUGAUUGUGGAUUUGUGGUUUACUAGUAUGUGACGAUUUAUCAUUCGUCGAAGGAAGAUACAAAUGGAUCAAACCUCAAUGGUCGUCAAGAUACGAAUGAAAUCAAGCCUCAAUG